CAACCACACACGGCCCAUCGCGUCAUCAAAUUCAUCAAAGAUAAAUACGCUUCAAAUUCAACUGUUCAAAUCUUGAAUUCUAAAGCCCCAAAGACUUCCCAAGAAGCAGCACAAUUUUUUACAGCUCUUUUUUUUUCUUUUUUUCUUUUAAAUAAAAUUAACUGCCAACCAAGCCGGCAGAUAAUAGUUAGCCAUUCCAAAAAAUAGCCCUCACCCACCACCUUCCCCUCUCUUUCUCUCAAGAUUAUUUUUUUUAAAUUUUUUCUGGGUUUGAAUUUGCUCAGUUUCUUUUGCUUCUUGUUGUUGUUGUUGUUGUUGUUGUUUUGAAUUUUCCUUCUUUUUGUGUUUUAUAAAUUGAAAAUGGGUUCUUCUUCUUCUCUUCUUUUGUUCUUCUAUAUCAUAGCUAUUCAUUCAAUACGCUGCGUUUUGUGUUCUUCUAUUUGCUCUCAUGAAGCGGAUGUAUUCUUUAAAAAUCUUCACUUUCAAUGCUCUCCUUCAACCUCUCCAAUUCCCCCUCUCAAGGUGGAUGGAAACUUCCUGGACAGAGCAUUGACUUCCAAACAGAGAAUUGGUUACACUUCUGUGCUCUUUUAUGCUUCCUGGUGCCCGUUUUCACUCAGUAUGAGCCCAAAAUUUGACAUUCUCAGUUCCAUGUUUCCCCAAUUAGAGCAUCUGGCAGUUGAAGAGUCUUCAGCUUCACCAAGUAUAUUUUCAAGGUAUGGAAUUCAUAGCUUGCCAUCAAUUUUAAUUGUCAACCAGACGUCAAGGGUACGAUAUCAUGGUCCAAAAGAUCUCCCCUCAAUUGUACAAUUUUAUGAGAAAGCAACGGGAUUUGAACCAGUUCAAUAUGUUACCGAAAAUGAACCGGUUAUAUCAGGAGACCACAAUAAAUAUAUGAUACAGUUGUGGAAUGAAUCAUCCUCAAUGGAGAUAGUAAAACGGGAGCCCUACUUGGCAUUUGCUGUGUUGUUUCUCUGUUUAAGAGUACUUCUAUCCAUACUCGCUGAAUUACUAUCUCGUCUCAAGGCUUUCAGGGUUUCAUAUGCACCACACUUGAACUUGGCAAUAUUUGGUGAGAGAAGUCAAUUGUUUGGACGAGCCCUUCACAUGGUUGAUGUGAGGAGAGUUUGGACCAAACUGAGGCUAUGCAAGAACAGGAAUUUUCAUCAAGGUGCAAAGAGUGCCCGUGUUUGGGCUACUUCACUGGCUUCUGUCUCUUUGGGAGAAUCUGCUUCUGGUAGAUCCUCAUCCUCAUCCUAGGUUAGAGUUUUAUGGAAGCUGUCGAUCAGGUAGUGUAUUACAAACUUCACUCUUAUGUUAAAAUAUUAAAUUAUAUUGAUAGUGUCGAUACCUAAAGCUGUUGAGCUUGUUUGAGUUGGGUUUUUUUGGGGGGAGGAGCAAACCAACUAGCAUGUAAAUCUGGGAACAGCUUUAUUAUUUGGAGGAACAUCUUUACUUAGCACAUUAGUGGAAUGUAAGCGUAACUUUUUUUUUUCUUUCUCUGAAUCUCUCCUAAUUGUUGUAGAUAAGGAUAUUUUCCCAUUCAGAACAUUUUACUCUCCUUAUUCACCUUCAAACUGUUAAUCUUUGCACUCACUGAGAUGGAGUG